ACUGCCAGUUCACAGUUGAGGUUGUUGUGCCCGGUAAGCAGUUAGCUCGGCUCGGUGCUUCUCUCCCAUUGUUAUCGAGUAUUGGCCUGUGAGUGGAUUGUUUGUGUACUUGCUGGAUAGUCCCCGACCUGUGGAUUGUUUCGUUUCCUGAGAAUAUCUGAAGGCAUGCAGAGUUUACGAUAAGGCUGAGGGGUGUGACACAAUGUUCAGCUGCUGGUGAAUGAACAAGAUGGAAGACACGACAGACACGGUGGGGAACAUGGAAGCAAUGGAGACAGGCAAGACUGACAGCCCUGAGAGCGGGCGACACAGCAGAGCAGAAAUGUUGCCUCUGCCAACUGAAUCUCAAGAAACAAAUUCACACGAUGGGGUUGACAACCCUGGAUUUGAGACUGACGAAGUAAAGUUACCCCUGAAUGGCACACACCAUCAUGACCCGACGAGUAAUGGGUCCUUCUUAAACACGACAAUGACAAGUAAAACAGAGCCAGACAGCCCAGAGACCAAGAAAAAUGACGAGAUGGCAGAGGCUGUCAAUCUGGAACUUGUCAACAUGAAACCGUUUGGCAAUGGUAUCAAUGGAAUACCGGUCAAGAAGGGCGAUUCCGCAGAAGUGGACAUGGGAGACCCUUAUGAUGAGUACUUUGUCCCAGUCAACGAACAUAGGAAAUAUAUAAGGGGAGAGAAACUAUAUGUUACAAAAGAUAAACGACAUCCUCCUACCAAAAAGAAAUGCGUGCUUGUCAGUCUGGGAUUAGCACUUCUUGUAGGAAUUCUUCUAGUUAUUGCAUUAGCUGCCUUUGGUGUAUUAUCAAACGACAAAGAGUCAACUCCUGUAGAAAGCAGAAACUUUGGUACAACUGAUCUAAGGCUAGGUGGAGUGGGUGGAGGUUUAAAUACAAAGGUGAGGAGUACAACGCCGGAAAUACCUAGUAGUUCACUGACACCUGAGCCCCCUACAUCACCCCCCUUCAAACCCCCAACUACAGAGUCACCAUACUAUGUGAAACAAGCUCUUGAAGGUCAAGUAACAAUAGACAACAUGGAAUUUACCCCAGGACUCUCCAACCAUAGCUCCAUGGAAUUUACAACUCUCGCCACAUCACUUGAAGAAGAGCUCAAGAUGGCUGUGUUCGACCGACAGACACUGAACUACGGUCCAGCUUACAUUUUCGUCAAAGUUUUAGAGUUCAUGCCAGGUAGUGUGGUGGUUAGAUAUCGUAUUGGCUGGACUUUCAAGGAAGGCAUCCGCAGUCCACCAGACCCUGUAACUGCAGAGACACUGAAGAUGCGUUUACAAGACCAUUUACGAGCACACGACGGUUUUCUCUACAACUACCGCCUACCCUUGCAUUCACUACAAGCAGAACGGGUUUCAGAUUCUUGUCAGAUUAACAAUGCAGGGUGUUCCCACCAUUGUGAGUUUGACUAUGAUUUGCUGGAAUUCAUGUGCCACUGCCCACAAGGACACAUAUUGGGACUGGACCAAAAGACUUGCCAAGAGCCAGUUACUGAACCUAACCAUGCACAAUCCGACGAGGCAAUAUCACAUAUAGGAACAGAACAUGAACCAUCUCAUGCACCAGAGUCUUCAUCUGAAGCUGAACCAUCGUCAGAACCAGAACCAUCAGCUGAACCAGAACCAUCAGCUGAACCAGAACCAUCAUCAGAACCAGAACCUUCAUCCGAGCCAGAACCUUCAUCCGAGCCAGAACCUUCAUCCGAGCCAGAACCUUCUUCCGAGCCAGAAGCUUCAUCCGAGCCAGAACCUUCAUCCGAGCCAGAACCUUCAUCCGAACCAGAACCUUCAUCUGAGCCAGAACCUUCAUCCGAGCCAGAACCUUCAUCUGAACCAGAAACAUCAUCUGAGCCUGAGUCAUCAGCUGAAUCUGAACCAGAAACCAAAUCAAAAUAUGAACAAACUCAUGAAUAUAUAGUUGAAAAUCAGCCAGAAAUUGAAAUACAUCCUAUACCAACAACAAUACAACCUGAACCUAAAACACAAUCUGAGACAGAGAAACUAGAACCUGAACAUUCUGUUGACUCCCAACCCUCUACUGAACCCCAACCUUCUGUUGAACCACAACCUUCUAUUGAACUCGAACCUUCUACUGAACCUGAACCUUCUGCUGAGCCUGAACCUACUGCUGAACCAGUACCUUCUGUUGAAGCAGUACCUUCUGCUGAACCAGAAUCUUCUGCAGAACCAGAACCUUCUGCAGAACCAGAACCUUCUGCAGAACCAGAACCUUCUGUUGAAUCUGAUCCUCAUUCUUCUAUCAAAACAGAACACAAAACAGAGCCAGAACAUGAUUUGGAUGUAGAAUCUAAAACAGAACAAGAACCUUCUGCAAAAAAUAUUUUGGAAACAGAUUUAAAUCAGAACUCAUGGGUGGACCUUGGAAUGCACUUAUUUUCAGAAAAAAAUUCAACAUCUGAAGUUAUACCAAAUGAAACCACUGAAAUUAUGCCAGAAAAUGAAAAUAAUAUGAUGGAAGAACGUAUGCAACCUGUUAUUAAUGUGACAGAUGCCAAUGUUAAUGGAGAGCCUAAGUCAGAGGACUCAGAACAUAAUUCAGACACAGAAUCUGAAAAAACAAAUGAAAUGGUAGAUCAUUCUAACCAUCUGAUUCAAGAUUCAACCGAGUCAAGUUCUUUACCAAAAGUAGAUGACAUAAAAGAUGGAGAUAGCCAUUCUGAGGGUGAAGGAAGGUCCCAUAGUGAUGAAGAUGUGUUUGAAGGAAUAAUAGUAUCCAAUUCUACAGAAGAAAACCACACAGAAGAAUCGCACAGUAUCAAUGAAAUUGAAAUGAAAGAGACAAGUUCUGAAGUUCUUCAACAUGAAGAUGAUACAAAGAUGAAUUCUAAUAAUCUUGAGAAUGAAAACCACCAGGCUGACCCAGAAAUAACAACUAUACAUUCAAUGCCAGAAAUUGUACCAGAAAGGACUUCUGAAGAAUCUGAAGAACACAAUACUGAAUAUCUGGAUUCCUUCAUGGUUAAUGAAAUGAUUCCAAUAAAAGAAAAAAAGAAAGAACCUCGGCUGGAUGAUGAUAACAAUAAAGAAUCUAGCACAGAAAACAAUGGUGAAGCAAAUCAUAUAGUCACAGUAUCUAAUAUAGAAUCACUUAAUGAGGAUUCAACAAAUGGUCCUGCUGAAGAGGUCGAUCCUAUGGAGUUUAGUGAAGGCUUAAACAGUGGAACACCUAUUGUGAAUAUGUCAAUAACAGAGCUAAUGAAAGAGAAGGUUAAUGGUGAAUGGGACCUAGAACAUGUGGGAUUAGGUUCUACAACAACUGAAAUCAAUGUUGAAAAAACUACAUUAAGAGAUGAUAUUACCGCUACAGAAUCAAAAACAUUUUUAGAAAGUAAUACUGAAUUGCCACAUGAAUCAGAAAACAACAUUUCUAGUGAUAAUAAAUCAACUCCAACAAAUAAUUCUUCUGAAAGUAAUACUGCUUACAGUGUAGAAAAAGUAAGAGAUGGAUCAAUUCAGGAACCGGAAAACGAAACAAAUAUUGAAAUGAAAAACACAACAGAGUUACCCAUUAACAGCAUAUUUGCUAAUGAUGUAGUAAGCACUAUUCAUCCUUUGUUUCCAGUAGUAUCCAAAUCAGAGGAAAACAUAACAACGCAAAAUGUUGUCAGCAAUGUAACUUCAGAAAAAGAAGAGAAGAAAUCAGAUUUCUUUUUGAUUGAGGCAGAAACAACUAUGCAUCCAUUAUUUGGUAAAGAUAUCAUUCAUCAUACAAGCAACAAUACUAUUUUAAGGGUUGAAGAGGUGAGUGAUCCUGUUUCAUCAAAUAAUUCAAUAAAUAUUAUGGAAAUCACAACAACUAAAACUGAACAGGACAGUACUACUGAAACAAGAAGUAUUUUGAAUAAUAUAGCAGAAAAUACAUUUAAUCCUCUGUUCACCCCAGAAAGUACUACAACUACUGGAAAUCCUCUUAAUGAUGUAAAAGAAAGGGAAAUUAACACUAGAUCAAAUGUACUUCAUGAUAAUAUAGAGAGCAAUGACAAUACAAUCAAACCUGUAAAUGGUGAAAAGGAGUCUGUAAUUGAGAAAUCAACUUUAAUUCCAGUGAUAGAUCAGAAUGAUAGUGCAAAUAAUGUAGAUGAUAAAGGUAACAUAUAUGAAGAAACUACUCCUUUUAUUAAUACUCAUAAUGAUCCAAGAAUUGGUGUGCCACAUAAAAAUGAAGAUUACACCCUAGAGAAUGCUGAGAGUAAUAUGACAUCCACUGAUCCGCGUAUUGGUGUCAUAGUAAGCACUGACAAAGAAAUUAACAAAGAGAACGGUAUAAAUACAAAUUAUGAUCCAAGAAUUGGUAUCUUUGAGAAUAAAAUUAAUGAUACAAAUCAAGAACUAGUUAUAAUAGAGAAGAGUACUGAAGUUACAUCAAUCAACACUGGAAAUGAUCCUAGAACAAAUGAAAGAGAAAAUAGUUUAUUCAGUUCUUCAGAUGAAGCAGAAGCAACUUUGGCCCCUUUAUUUAGUAAAGAAAUUACAACUGCCUCUAGUCCUAGUUUAGAAGUUGUACUACAAGCAACAUCAACUAGUCCAAGUGUAGUACUGGACAAUUUAGUUAAUGAAAGCAACACAAGUGCUGUUAACCCACAAAAUACAACUUCUAACGUUUUGGACGAAAACUCGAGUUUCCUUCUUCAAAAUCCGUCAGAUGAGAAUAUAGAACAGAAGCAAAUCAAUGAAUAUGGUUUAGGAGAGGAAGCCAAGAUAAAUACUAAUGGUCUAAAUGAUGUUCAGUUCAAUAAUUCUUAUGAUCAAGGCUUGAUUUUACAAAACAUAAGUAAUGAAGAUGAAGAACCUUCUGAAAAAUAUAUGUUCAGUGAAAAGGAUUCAUAUGAUAAAAGUGAGUUGAAGAAAAAAGAGAAGAAACCCAUCAAAAGUGAUGAUCCUGAACUGAUAAAAAGUUUAUAUGAAAAGAAAAAUAGAUUAGAAAAGGAGAAGAAGAAUGAGAAAAAUAAUUUGUCCUCACAGGUUUUUGAUGAGAACAACAGUAGUACAGAACCAUUUACAGCUAGUCAAGUAGGAGCAAGUUCAACAGAAAGUAACUUUUUAACAGCAGUUCUAGAUGUAUCAGAGGUCAAACAGGACUAUGGAAAUGGUGUUUAUGAAUUAGAUGAUCGAAAAAGUAAAAAGAAGUUCAACAAGAAGACGGACAGUACAUCUCAAAUAGGAAAUGAAUUUGAUGAGUUUAAUGGUUCACUGAUGCAUGAUAAUGCCACUGUGGAAUCAAGAGAUUUGGAUACAGAUUAUGUUAUAACUGACUUGCCUGAUGUAGUAUCAUCAUUUUCAACAGAAAUGACCGAUUUAAAAGAGAAAGUAGAAGAAUCAAUCAAACCUGAUUUAAUGAGUGUUAAAAAAGUUUAUAUUGAUGACGAUGGCAAUGAAGAAAUAAAUCAGACUAAAACAGCAAACUUGAGCAUUUUAUCUAUCAAAGAGACUACUGUUAGCCCUUUGUUUGAGAAUUCUCAGGUUGAACUCCUAAAUACCACUGAAACUCUUAGUGGAACAAGUGAUACUUCCAUUAUGGAUAAAUCAACUCCAUUUGGCUUUUCAAAAUGCGCUUCAGGUCAAUUUCAAUGCAUCAAUGGCACUACAAGAGAGGGGGCUUAUUGUGUACCACUCUCAGCCAAGUGUGAUUCUGCCAACGACUGUUCCGACGGUUCUGAUGAACUGGGCUGCAUUCAAGAUGGCUGUCCAGGGAACUUUCAGUGUUCAAAUGGGCAAUGUCUGAAGAGAGAUCUUGUGUGCAACAACAUAGUGGACUGCAAUGAUGGAAGUGAUGAGGCCAACUGUGAUGAAUGGAAGUGUGAGUUUGAUGAGCUGCAGUGUCCAUCAGGCCGCUGUGUCCCCGUGCUGUGGCAGUGUGACGGCAAACCUGACUGUGAUAACCAUACUGAUGAGUUCAACUGUCAGACAUCUUGUGGCAACAAUGAGUAUCUCUGCCCUGAGGGCUGGUGUAUUCCUCAAACAUGGCGCUGCAAUGGUCAACCAGAAUGUGCUAAUGGAGAAGACGAAAAACUUUGUGAUUGCUCGGUAGACCAGUUCAGGUGUCUAACCGGAGGCUGUGUGGACGCAGCUCUGAUCUGUGAUGGAGUAGAACAUUGCCCUGACAACAGUGACGAGUGGGAGUGUGUGCAACUCGACUCCAUGGAUUUGCAGAUCAGAACCAAGGACAAUGAGUGGCUACCAGUAUGUGCCUCCCAGUGGACGACAGAAUGGAGCAAUGCAGCGUGCCAGGGACUCGGGUUUGCCAAAGCUCAGUUCACAGAGAUGCGGCCAGCAGACUCCAACUCAACACCACACUUCUCGCUCAAGCCCGAGGCUCGCUGGGACUCUGGACAUCGACUGACUGCUGCAGUUUCUCGCUCAGAUGAACCCUGCGAGGCUUUUGUUGAGAUUACUUGCCAAGAAUUCACGUGUGGUAACCCUGGCCCAUCAGAGGGAGUAGCGGCCAGACUUGUGGGUGGGAAUGGUGCAGCCAAUGGUCAAUGGCCCUCUGUUGCCGUCUUGUACCAGAACAAAACUAAAGCCUCAUGUACAGCUUCGAUCAUUAGUCCUAAAUGGUUACUUUCCUCUUUCAAUUGUUUACAUACAAGAGACAAAUCCUUGAUGUCAGAUGGCUGGGUUGCAUUUGGAGGUGGUUCUAUGUUCGAGACAGAUAAACCAGAGACUCAAAUGCGAGUAGUAGCGGAGAUGGUGCCUUAUCCUCAAGUCAAGUUUAAUCGCUUCCUCUACUCUGAUGACCUGGUGCUGAUUGGGCUAAAGGAACCUUUCUCUCUGACUCGCUAUGUUGGUGCCAUCUGUCUGCCAGAGAAGGAGAUUGAACCUCGCCAGAUCUGUGUCACUGCUGGAUGGGGCUACACCUCCCCUGGUGAAAUUAACUUCAGCCAGUACCUUCAUUACUUGCCGGUGCCUACAAUAGACUUGGCAGAGUGUAACUCAACGAAACACUAUGCUGGGUUUGUUUCACAACACGAAAUCUGUGCUGGCUACACAGAUGCAGAGAAGACACCUUGUUAUAAGGACGAGGGUGCACCACUGAUGUGUGUCAGUGAGGGAGGAGUGUGGGAGUUGCAGGGGGUGCUUAGCUAUCACAGCAACUGCGGUAGAGGCUUCCAUCCUUCCAUCUACAGCUCCAUCUCAGCAGUCCGCUCUUGGAUCGAGAAAACUGUGGGCAGCAAGUUCGAACGAAAGUCUACUUUUAAUGUAAGGAGGUGAUGAUGAGUAUUUGCUUGAAUGCUGUGUUGUUUGUUACACAGUCAUGCGAUUCACCUGUGGCAGUCGUAUUGACUGACCACAAUAUGCAAUUCAUUAUUUGAAAUGCAAAUAAUCUUUCUGCUCUAAUUUUUAUAAUUUUGUCACUACAAAUUACUUAUGAAUAGUAACAAUAGAUAAAUCAUUAAUCCACUUACAAAGUGUUAGAAAAUAAUGAGUAGUUUGAAUAUAUUUUAAAUUUAUUACUAUUAUAAAUGUGUUUUUUACAACAGAUCAUUUCAUAAUAAGUGUUCAAAUUCAUUCAAAAACAAUUUUUUGUGGAAUGCAAUACUUUUUAGUAGUAAAUAUACUGUUUGUUUACGGUGAAUGUUGAGAAAAAAAGACUUGCAUUCAGUCUUUGGUGUUUAUUGUCAUUAGAUGAACAAUGUAAAGGUAAUUUAAUACCGUCCUCCACAGCUCUUCCUCUCUUCUGUUUGUAAAUCAUGUUAUUCGUUAUCUUUAUACCUAUGUAGAUUCAUGGACUUAUCAAGUUUUACUAUAGCACCAUUGUUCUGUAAAAAUUUGAAUGCACUGUAAUAUGAAGCUGACAGUUUAUUGUCAUGUAUUGUAUAGGAUGCCAUGUGUAUGUUAUUGUAGAAUGCUCAAGUUAGUACAGCUGGUCUCGUAUAUAGUCAGACUCCAUGGAGUUGUCAGUAUUGUUCCAUUAUCUCCACAAGAGACCAGAAACGUGACAACCAUAAAGGAGUGAGUUAUCAUAGUGUAUAGAUGUAAGAAGACUUGUAAGUAGACUAGGUUAGCCGAGACUCGAUAUGUCUUCCAAGAGCUUACGGUUUUUUGUAAACUAUACUUUAACAAUUAUUUAUGUAUAUAUUAUUUUAGUUAGCUAAUGGAUUAUUAUAUGAAAUAAAAUCCAUAGGUUAAUGAUUUGUAAAGAAACCUUCUUUGGUGCCAAAUUAAUUUAUGUUUUGCAUUCCUUCUUUUUGUUACAACUAUAUAUGUUCAUGUAUAUAUACAAAUUUCAUUUAUCAAAUGAAAAUUUUUUUAAAUUAUCAGGACAAUUCUUAAUUAUCUUUAGUUAGUGCUAUUUGUAUUAUGUUAUAGCAAGACUUAACUAUAUAAAACAAUGUGUCAAUCAUGUUCCAGGAAGGAUUUCAUAAUAUAGUAAUUGUUAAAAUAAAGAUCAGUAAAAGGUUGUGAUUAUGGCUAUUAUAGACUUGGAGGAAUACAAAUAGUUUCAGUUAAACUAGUAAUUUGCGUAGACACAUAUUCUCUGAAAUAAUUUUCUUUCCUAAAUAUUAAGGCAAAAGUUUAAAUAAAAAAUUUGCAAAAAGUUAUUUUUUGCUAUAUUGAUACCACAGAGUGUAUAUAGUUAAGAAUGUUUAAUUAUUAAGCUUUGUAUGUAUAUUGAAAUAUUAAUUUCUUCCUUGCUUUCAACAUUUAUGUCAUAACCAUCAUCCAAUGUUAGUUCAUGUGCCUUUUAUCAUUGUAAUAGAAAAUGUAAAAUAUAAUGUUGUGUAUCAUUUCUGUAAGAUAUCAUUGUGUAUUCCGUCCAAUAAUUCCGUCCAUUUACAAACUGAAUUUUAUUGAAACUUGCAUAAUCAUAUAAGUUUGUUUACUAGUAAAUAUGGAAUAUAUAAUAUUGUUGAUUUGUACAGGUUUUUGUUUAGAAUAAUACAUAACAAAUUUCAAAACAA